AUGAAGGAGUGGAGUAAUUUGAAGGGAGACUGUGAAAAAGAGAUUCGAAUGUUAUCUAUGGGAUCUGAUGCGGAUCGGUGAGGGACUAUGGGAAACGAGGAGAGAAGGUCAGCGAAAAAAUUGAAGUAGAAAUCUUGAAUUUCCGUCGGAUUUUUUUUACAUUUUUCUUCGAAUUUUGCUUGCUUUUCCCACAAAUAGGCCACAAAUCAAUUCAGGAAAUUUUAAGCUCGCGCUUUGCAGCAGCGGCCGUGAUUUUUUGAAAUCUUGGGAAAUGGAUCUGUAACUUUGAACAGACGGUAAAUUUUUUGAGACCUGUUCGAGAUUUUGAGCUUGUGAUUUGCAGAAUCUGUCUAAAAUUUUCGGUCAGGAAUUGGCCAAAAAGUAUGAUUUUCUCUAUGGAGCCUUAAAAAUCCUCCUGAUUUUAUGCACUCUCUCGAAAAAACGUCGUGGAAUACUAGUCUGUUCGUCAAGUCGCUAGAGUGAUUUCGGCGGCAUGCACUGUGCAGACAAAAUCAGAGUGCGAGCGACAGCCCCAAAAAAGCCUACUGCACGGUGCAAGGAGCCAGAAACUGCACAGUGCAUGUCGCCAAAAUCACUCCAGCGACUUUGCGAACAGACUAGAAUUUCACGAUGUUUUUUUCGAGAAAGUGCAUAAAAUCAGGAGAUUUUUAAGGCUCCAUCGAGAAAAAUCAUACUUUUUGGCCAAUUUCUGACCGAAAAUUUUAGACAGCUUCUCUAAAUCACAAGCUCAAAAUCUCGAACAUGUCUCAAAAAAUUCACCGUCUGCUCAAAGUUACAGAUCCAUCCCGCAAGAUUUCAAAAAAUCCAAAGAAUGUGGAUCCCGAAAAUUACAUAAAAAAGCCAAUCGGCAAGUUUUCGGAACAAAGUCCUUGAUUCGAAAAUUUUGGGGAAAUUUAUGAGGGCGCAUUUGAUUAUGGGUGUCGCAAUUCUCAGCGUCGGAAGCAAAAACUCUUUGCAAAUGGGAUAGAAAUUUUCAUAAUCCAAGGAAAACAAUUUUGAGCGAGAAAAUUAGAGUAUUCAAGCAAGAAAAGCAUAUAAAAUUACCCAAAAAUGCAGCUGCAAAUAGCCGAAACGGUCGGAUAACCGUAAAAAUGGCAGAAAAUAUUGCCCGUUUUGGGCGAUGCGGCCUUUCCAGCGCCAGAAGCGGUUGUAAAAUGUUUUUAUGGCGAUCGGAAACUACAGUCCGCAUAUGACGGCAGCCAUUGCGCAAGGCCAAUAUUUUCUGUAAACAGCGAUUGCAUGACAUUUUACGACCGAUUUUUGGCGCAUGGUGUUGUUAGAACCAUGACUUUUUAUACAGAAAAAAAAGAGCAAGGUACAGUGGGGGACCUCAUCCAGUGGCAAAAAACGUACCAUUUUGCAUCCGGGAAGUAUCAAAAAUGUGGCAAAAUGCUUCCCUUUCCAAGUGAAAUAGCUUUGUUUUGAAGGGCGUGCCCUUUUCCUCACAAAAAGAGCGGGCGCGCUUUUGAAAUCUGAGUUUUUUCACUUCGGGAGGGAGGUAUUUUGCUACAUUUUUGGUACUUCCCGGAUACAAAAUGGCACGUUUUUUGCCGCUGGAUCAGGUCCCCCACGGUAAAGAACGCCGAUAAUCUCGGCUGCUACUGCAAAGGUCGACCUAAAAUUUUAAAGAAUUGAUGUAAAACAUACGCAAUUUAUGAGAAAAUAUUUUGAAAAAAUCGCAUCUUGAACGCUGACUUGGAAGAAUCAAAUCAUCACAUUUUAGGGGUAUCUUGAAUGCCAACAUUAUACAAAGUUAUCCGAAAACUCCUCUAUUUUGUGACCUCCAAAAAAAAACAAAAUUCCUUGUAGAUUCCAAAGACUUACGUGUCAAAUGUCCCGAUCACCAUGUCGAGCAAGUCUACAACUCCGUUGGCCCCGAGAUUGCCGUCAACUUGCCGCCAGUUGAAACAGAAGGCGGUGGGAUCAACGUGAAUGUGCAGUAUCAUCCGCCGAACGGCAGUCAAUGGCACUUGGAUCGUCCGCUGAUCGUGAACGUCAGCGUGAUCGACGAGAACGGCAGCCAGGCCUGGUGCCAGUUCAGCUACAUGGCCGAGACGGCCGACUGUCCCUCGUGGCAGAUAAAUUCGCGUUACAAGUGCACGCAAAAGUCGAACAUUACGAUUUGCAGUGCGUCCGUGUGUCCGACCCGCGAGAUUCCGCCCAACAUCCAGGAGCUGGUCUGCGUCCCGGGGCAUGGCUGGCGCAUUCUCGAGGAGAACAUUGACUCCACGUCCAUUACUCACCUCGGCUCCGCACCGAAAAUGCAGAGCGCCCCGAUCUGCGUCAGCGAGAUGAUGUCGAGUGUGACGUUGGUGCUGAAUUAUCAGCUGAGCAACGCGGAUUGGCAGUGCAGCCGGGACUUCUUGGAAAGGGUAAAAAAUGUAGCUAGCGGUAGUAAAAAUAACAUACGGCUAAAAACUAGCGAAAAAUAGAGGGUUUAAGUAUACACAGUGCGGGUCAGGAUCCAGUGGCAAAAAGACAUUCCCAUUGCGUUCAGGAAGCAUUCUGAAUACCUCCAAAUACCUCCUUCUCUGACCGGAAAUAGCGUUCUUUGGAAGAGAGACGAAGAAAGUUGUUGGUUUCAAACGAAGAAAGAGGAAAGCAAUCCCGCCUCAUGCUUUACUCUCUCUUCUUUCUAACACCACAACUUUCACAUUCACUCUUCAGAAGAACGCUAUUUGUCAGAGAGGACGGUUUUUGGAGGUAUUCGGAAUGCUUCCACGCCACAAUGGGAGUACCUUCUGGACACUGGAUCCAGUCCCGGACUGUAUAGCAAACCGCUUUUCAGAUCCGCUCAAAAAUGAGCCAAUUCCUCGAAGAGCAAUGCACGGACGUUGGCUGGACUUACAGCGGCGCUGAUAUGGCCAACGCAAGCAAGUUGGGUCUCAAUUUCACCACGCAUAAUCGCGACACUCCCGCUGUUUUGGGAUGUAUCGAUUCCAUUACGGGGCAUGUCCCGCUAAUUCCUCCGCCCUGUCCGAAUUCGGGAGUCCGCCGAAACACCACCAAGUAUCAUCUGCGUUGCCCUACCGGCUGGGGAGCCAAUAAUCGAUUGAGAUGCGGUGAGAAAAAGUUCUGAUUUUCUGCGGAAAAUGGAGAUUUUUUGGGGAAAAAUCUAUUUUUCCAGAAAAAUGCCCUCCUGGCUACCACGUGGACAAUGAAUCCUGUGCUCCGUGCCCUCGAGGCACGUAUAAUGUAAAUCCCGAGUUCACCGACUGCAUCGCAUGCCCUGAGGGUCAGACCACGCUCUCUGAUGCGGCAAUGGGCGAGCACAUGUGUGUUGCGCAAUGCCCGCCAGGUUUUUUCAGUCGUCGCAGCGGUCUGGCACCAUGUUCGCCCUGUCCGCAAGGAACUUAUCAACCGGAUUCGGGCCAAGAAGGAUGCUUAUCGUGCGGAGAUGGAUUGACCACGACUGAAUUAGGGACUAAAGACGUCAAUGAUUGCAGAUGUAAGCGAGUUUUUGGAUUUUAAAAUUUAGUUUUGACUUGUAAAUAAUAUUUAUUUUUGAUUUUCAGCCCAAUGCCUAACUGGAUUUUAUAGUCCAUAUGGAGUGGAGCCUUGUGAGCCAUGCCCGAUUGGGCAUUAUAAUGAAGGAGAGGGAUCAAUGAUGUGCCAUCGAUGCCCGCCUGGAUUUACAACUGCGAGUGUUGGAAGUACAGGGCCAAAUGAAUGUCGAGGUAAGCCAUAAUGGUUUUAUUGAUCAGAAAGGCCAAAAAAAUCAAUUCUCGUUACCCUACAGUGGGGGACCUGAUCCAGUGGCAAAUAACGUACCAUUUUGCAUCCGGGAAGCAUCAAAAAUGUGGCAAAAUGCUUCCCUCUCAAAGUGAAAAAAAACUCAGACUUCAAACGCGCCCGCUUUUUUUGUGAGGAAAAGGGCGCGCGCCCUUCAAAACGAAGUUUUUUCACUUGGAGAGGGAAGCAUUUGGCCACAUUUUUGAUACAUCCUGGAUGUAAAAUGGCACGUUUUUUGCCACUGGAUCCGGUCCCUCACUGUAUGUUUCUAGGUCCUUUUGAACAAGAAACUAGAAAAUUUUAGCAAUGAAAACCAGAAUUUUGUAUCAAAAAGUAUCGCAGAGCCAUAAAAUUGAAUCUCGAGCAUAGUGGAACCUCGGCAGGCCAGAUGAAGAUCCGAAUCCGGCAAUUCAUAAGUGAAAUUCGUUACAGGUUAUCCUCAAUUUUACAGCCUCAAAUUAUGAAUUUCACUUACGAAUUCCCGGAUUUUGGGUCUUCCUCUGGUCUAACGAAAUUCCACUAUGCUCAAAAUAUUAUUCAAGCUCAAUUUUAUGGUUUUUCGAUACAUUUUAACACCAAAUUCUGGCUUUCCAUCAAAAAUCUUUCGACAAAUAUUUUCAGUGAGUUCCUGUUCCUCUGCGGGCUGCUCAAACCGCGGCGAAUGCCUCGGUGAUAUUUGCAAAUGCGACAUCGGAUUUACUGGCAACACUUGCGAUGUGCCCUUCAACCUUUGCAACGCUUCGUUCUGUCUGAACAAUGGAGUAUGCAAUUUCAACGAAAACGAUGGGUCUUUUUGCACCUGUAGCGAAGGAUUCAGUGGGCGACGGUGCGAAAUUGACAUGGCAAAAAUGACGCAGCGUUUCAAGCGAAAAGCGGGAAGAUGGAGCUCUAGCAGCAGCCAGAGUUGGCAUCAAAGCUCGUGGUUCAAUUCGAGCUCCACUGGAGACAGUAAGUUUUAGAAAAAUCGCACUGAAACACAUGAUAAGACUGUUUUAAGUCAAAUCGAACGUUACCAGAAACGGAACGUCGUCAAUUGGGGAAAAAGACGAUUGGGGAGACUGAAAAGAAGUAUUUUUCUUCGAUGUAAGUGUCGAAAUUAGAAUAAUCGAUGGCGCUGAACUCGAAAAUGACAUUCAUUUCUUUUGAUCGUUACUACUCUGCUUAAGUAGUACUGUAAAGUUAGUAAUUUUUUGAAUUUUUUUACAAAUACUAGAUUUAGGGGUUUUCGAUAGUGCUGAUUCCGAAAAUCUUAUUUAUUUUUUUCGGUGCACAUUGAAAACCCCUAAAUCCAGUAUUUGUGAAAAAAAUUCAAAAAAUUACAAACUUUAUAGUACUACUUAAGCAAAAUAGUAACGAUCAAAAAAGUGAAUGUCAUUUUAGAAAUCAGUGUCAUCGAUUAUUCUAAUUUCGACACUUACAUCGAAGAAAAACGAUACUUUUCAGUUUCUCCAAUUGUCUUUUUCCCCAACUGACGACGUUCCGUUUCUGGUAACGUUCGAGUUGACUUAAAAUAGUCUUGUUAUGGGUUUCAGUGCCAAUUUUCUAUCAACUAAAAAAAUCCAUGAUCUCCUACUACAAUACAAUUUUCCUAUUAUUUCAGCCGAAUCUCCGGAAAUUCGUUUUGCCCCGACCACCAAAGCUAAAACAACAUUAAUUCCGCGCACAACUACCCGCCACCGGCCUCACACAACCAUCCCUACAACCACUCAGACUCCAGUUGUAACAACUGAAAGUGUUGCGACUACACUUGGAACUACAAGUCAGCAAAUAAUACCAAUCUCAGCAAGUUCCCAAACCUCAGUCGAUGGCUAUUGUCAGCUCAACGACUGCUAUGAUGGAAAAUGCAGCAGUGAAGCGAAUAUUUGCAAUUGCAACGACGGAUUCAAACGGGAUGGUACUUUGAAGCGGUGUAUUCAAGACAAAAGCUGUCGGAAUUUGGGGAUCUGUGUGAAAAACAAUACAAAAGAGGUAGACGGAGAUUGGGAUACGGGAAAAUGGUAG